AUGCCCGUUCAAGUGCUAAUCGAUCGUCUUGUUGACAAUGUACAUCGAUUGGCUACUAUGGACACUGCUGGAGAUAUCCUUCGUUUCAUCUUCUAUCCAUUCGGUACACGAGCACUUGAUCAUGGAUCUCAGCUCUUAGCUAUCAAGAUGGCUAAACUUAUGCAAUGGUGGCUAACAGUAAAACCAAGUGAAGCACCAUCCAAAGGUUUGCUCGAAUUAAUUCGUGAACGACGCAUUAUUGUCAUACAACAAAUCGAAGGUCGACUCAUUCCGAGUCGACGAGAUGAUCCUCGAAAACCAUUGACUCUACUUCAUCUGAUUCGUCUAUUUAAAUUUACACGAUGCACUGGGAAAGAAAUGAAUGCAUUGAUUGAAUUACUCACUGCAUGUCUCAACUACAAUGAAAACAAUGCUAUUGAUAUGCAAUGUUAUCUUAUUGCGCCGGCUCAUUUUGAAUCACUUUGGCGACUCUAUUUUGAUCCAUUAUUGAUUGAAAAAGUGACAAGUCAAGAUCCACGUGCACGCAAUGAUGCUCCAGGUCAAACGGCUUAUUUAUCAAAUCAACCAAUUACAGUCCGAUGGACGGAUGGUCGUGAAGAUGUUUGUACUGACGGUGUAGUAAAUGGUCGUGAACGUAUUGAUCAUUUAGUUCAUCGAGCAUUAAGUGCCUGUGAUGGAAAAGAGCAAUUGAUGAGUUUACUCACUAGUAUACAAACAAGUUUAUUCAAAGCUGAUCAUGUCUUUUCAGCUUGGCAACUUCUUUAUCGUCAUAUCAAGACAUUCGAUUAUUUUGACAAAGAUAUUAGUGAAUAUUUAUUCGAUCGUUUACAAGACGUUGAUAUGAUAGGUUAUGAAAAUCAACUGUAUAAAUUUAUUAUCGAUCAUUUAUUUGAGAUUUGGCCAUCAAUGAUCAAUAAUGAUCUACUUGAAUCAAUUCGUUAUCGAAUUGUUCAACUCAUACAAAUACUUAUUAAUAACAAGACAAAUGAUUCAAAUCAACUUGUUGAACAAAUAACUGAACGUAUAUGUGCAAAUACACCAGUAAACAAUGUACGUGGUCAUCUUUGUUUCUUCGUACUUCUUCAUGAUUUACUUCCGAUUUAUUACAAAGCAGUCUUAAUUAGUGCAAUUAAAAAAAUCAAUCUGAAUAUGUUGAUAUGGUAUGUUGAUUUUAUUAUGGAUGAUAACGAUGAAAUUGAUAAUAAAGUAAAUCAUCGUUUUAUUCUAUUGUCAAUUUUGAAAUAUACGAGUAUGUUUACUGAACAUAAUCUACUCCAGCUAUGGUUCGAUCGUUUGAUACUUCAUCCACUCAAUGCAUUCUGUUUUCAACUCAUCGAACAUUCUGUUUGUCCUACGACUACACUUGCAACUUAUGUACAACAUGCCAAUGAAACACAAGUUCAACAAGUUCUCAAUUGUAUUCGAUUCGAUUUAGCUCAAGAAUAUAUUCCUAUCUUAUUAACUAUUCUGGAAUCAUUAGCUAAAAGUAUUCAUACACAAAAAUAUCUUUUUCGAUCGGAUGAUCUUCAUCAAACUAUUCAAUCAUGGUUACAAUUGAUUACUCUAUCAUCGACUAUCAUUCGACUCAUUGAAUUACUUCUCGAUAUUGGCUACUCAAAAUAUAAUAAACAUACAAUGGACAUUGCUCAGUUCUUUCUCAAUGACUAUUCUUCUACAUUGAUGUCGAUCAAUUUCGAAAGUCAUAGUCCUUUUGCUUACAUUAUUUUAUUUAUAUCUUCAAUUGGAAAUAUUGAUGAUAUGAAUACAAUCGAUACAAAUUCGAUCGGAGAACGACUUAUGAAACUUUUAUUUAAAAGUGUCGAUGAAACAAUCCAUAGUGAUAAUAGUCCAAGUUCAUCUCAUUUACUUAGUCUUAGUAGAGAAAUUGUCAAGGCUCAAUCACGUACUAAAAUGAUUCCACUUCUUUCAUUAUUCAUACCUGAUCUUAUGGGUCUAUUAGGUCGUACCGGUCAAUUGAAAAAAGCUGGUAUUACUUUACUCGCUGAAAUCUUAGAUUUAUCGGCAAAUGAACGUUCUGUAUUGACGGGUAAUGUUCAACAUGAAUCAAUCACAGACAAUGAUAAUGAAUUAUUUACUGAAAUUCAACAACAACAAACAUUAUUCUUCAGUAGUGAACAAUCAAAUACAUCGGAAAUUGUUCGUGUACGACAUGAAGAUUUUCUCAAAGCUCAUAAACUGCUAGAAAACUUGAACAAAGCACAACCGAACAAAAUCGAUCAGAUUCUUCGUUCUCAUCUAUCAUACACACGUUCUAAUGCAUCAGUCGUCAAUGAUCAAGAAAAACGAGAUCGACUUGUUCUUACUGAUACAGCACGUGAGAAUGUCUCGAAAGUACUUGAAGUACUUGAUGAUCCUAUUCCAAUCUUACUCGAAGGAAGUACAGGUGUUGGCAAGAGUGCCAGUGUCAUGGAAGCAGCUCAUCAAUCAGGACAUAUUCUCAUACGUUAUAAUAUGUCAUCACGUGUUACAAUCGAUGAUCUACUUGGUAAAAUAGCGCUAGUACUUGAUGAACAAUCUCAAACAACACAUUUACAAUUUGUUGAUGGACCAUUUACUACUGCAUUUACACACGGUUAUUGGAUACUUUUUGAUGAACUCAAUCUGGCUCAAGAUACGGUACUUCAAGCUAUCGAAUCAGCUCUUGAUACACGUCAAUUGAUCAUUCGUAAUGCGAGUUCUGCUCAACAAUCAGUUGUCGUACAUCGAAUGCAUCCAGAUUUUCGAUUAUUCGCUACACAAAAUCCAAAUACAGGCUUUUUUAAAGGCAAACGAGAAAAAUUAUCUCCAUCAUUUCUUAGUCGUUUUCGUCCACUUAUCUUCAAAGAAUUACCUGAUUGUGAAUGGCGUGAAAUCGUUCAACAACGACUAUCAUUUUUUAUACCUGAUCAAGCUGAAGUUUUGGCCGAACUUCUAGUAUCACAUUUCAAUGCUAGUAUAAAGAAAGCUCUAAAUGAUUCUACACAGACAUAUAUCGAAACUGGUCCCUAUGCUGAAAUUUCAAUUCGUGAACUUCUCAAAUGGGUCGAAUUACUUAUCUGCUGGCAAAAACAGAAUGCUUCAUGGUCUCAUGAUGUAACUUCUCGUCUUUCUUUUCUCAGUUUCAGUGCAUGGUGUGUCUAUGGUGCACGAUACCGUGCAGCAGGUCGUAUUCUAAUCGAAAAUAUUCUAACUGACAAUGGCAAAGGUGGUUGGGGACGUCCAGCUCUACACAGUAUCAAAAUGUCUAUUGAUCAUAAUCAGAAUUAUGUCUACUUCGAUAAUAUUCGCUAUCCGAUUCGAUUAGAAUUAGAUAAUGAUGAUGAUGCAAGAAAAGAAUGGAUAUCAACAUUUACUGCAGCCAAUCUUGAAACCGUCGAUUAUGAUCAAAAUAUAUGGAAUUUAGCUCUUAAAUUACAUGUAACUAUCCAUAGAGUAUUAAUGACAAAUGAAUUUAUUCAUUUGCAUGGUAUCUAUCGUAUUGAUCGUUCUUGGCUUUGGGAAUGGCUUAUCUCAGCAGCUCGCUUAAAUCUUCUUGGACAACGAAAAGAUUUCAUAUAUCAUGGCUGUAAGAUGUAUCAAAGUCGUUUUCGUCAUAUUCAAGCACAAGAAACAAUUCGUAAUUGUUUCAAUCAAAUAUUUAACGAUUCUGAUUUGACACGAAAAAUUACAUCUGAUGAUGUUUUCAUACGACCAGAAAUGCCCUAUGUGCUUACCGAUCGUGUAUUGUCAACAAUCAAACAGGUAUGUUUCAAUAUGAAUAUUAAACAACCGAUUUUAAUUACGGGAGCUGAAGGAUGUGGUAAAUCAGAACUUUUAUUGACGUUAGCUUGGUUCUGUGGUCAACAAGUACAUCAAUUAAAUAUUACUCCUGAAACUGAACCAUCAGCUCUCGUUGGUCAACUUAUUCCAAAUGAUAACAAAGAUGAAAAUGAUCCUAAUUAUGGUAAAAAAUUGAUUUGGCAACAUGGAUGUGUUACUCAAGCAUAUAUUAAUGGUCAAUGGGCACUUCUAGACAAUCUUAGUUCGGCUGAAUCAUCAGUACUUGAACGACUUAAUCCUGUUCUUGAACAAAAGCCUAUGCUAAUAUUAACAGAAAAAGGUGAUGUCGAUGAACAACCUAUGCAUGUAAAUUAUCAACUUGUAGCCACAAUGACACCACCAGAUGCUCGUUAUUCAUCACAAACGAGUUCCAGUAGUUCAUCCAAUGAACUUUCACCAGCACUUUACAAUCGUUUUGCUGUUAUUCAUAUGGAAGACCUGUCAUUCGAUAUUAUUCAUGAUUCACAAGAAUUAAUUCUCAUUACUAAAGCACUUCUAUCUGAUGAACCUACUAUUGAUCAUACAUUGGUCAUUGAAUUAUGUCAAACAAUUCUUUCGUUUUAUAAAUCUAAUACGAAGAAUUUUCCUAAGUUUACUUUACGUAAUAUUAUUCGAUUGCUUGACAGUAUCUAUCUUCUUCAGUUAAGAUUCAAAUCUACACUUGAUUUCAUCUCCAGUCUAUGGACAGCUUAUCAUGUAACAAUUGCCAAUCAAAUUAAAAGUGAAGAACUUCGAAAUCAAAUUACUAAUCAAAUCAAACAAUUACUUGAGAAAGAUCGAUCAACAAUCGCACUUCAUCAACCAAAAUUCACUGAUUGGAUUCAUGAGAGCACUGAACAUAUCUUAACUGAAAGUCGACUAAAUUACGCAAAUGCAGUAUUAGGUGCCGUAGCAUGUAACAUUCCUCUUCUACUUGAAGGGCCAGCAGCAGUUGGUAAAACAGCACUUAUUUCCUAUUUAUGUAAACACAUGAAACCACAAACAUUAAAUAAUACUUCAAACACAACAAUUCAACUUGAACGAGUCAAUAAUACAGAUACAACAACGAUUCAAGACUAUCUUGGUACAUUUCUACCUUUCAAUGAUGGUUUUACUUUUCAGAAAGGAGCUCUAUAUAGAGCUAUGGAGAAUGGUUGGUGGUUUCUUGCCGAUGAAUUCAAUUUGGCUGAUCCAUCAGUUAUGAAUAUGUUAUUUCCAUUACUUGAAGGUAAAAAUAUCAUUACCAUUCCAUCAAGUGGCAAAAUAAUCAAGGCUAAAUCCGGUUUUCAAUUUUUUGCAACACAAAAUGAUGCUUCAUAUGCUAAUCGACAUCAACUACCUGUGUCAUUACGAAAUCGUUUCCUUGAAGUUCAAUUCGGUGAAUUUCCAAAAAAUGAACUACCAGAAAUUAUUCGAAGACGUAAUGAAAUUGGAAAACAAAAACCAUUAUGUUUAACAGAUGCAUCGACUUCUCAACUUGCAGAAUUCUAUCAUCGAGUUAUUCGCACUCAAUCACGUAUUACAUUUCGUGAAUUAGUGAAAUGGCUUCAUCGACAUGCUCUGUUUUCAUCUGAAAAAGAACUUUGGCCUAUUGUUGGUGCUUCGCUUUUGGGUGCCAAAUAUCCAGUCGAUUCUACUAUGCGACAAAUACUUCUCAAUGAUCUACAAUCAAUCUGGUCUAAAAUUCGUAUGUCACCCAAUCCACAGAUCGAAGUUAAAGAAAUCGGUGGACAAGUUCGUUUUCGGGAAGGUGAACUCUAUGUCGAUAUUCCAAAUAUGAGUUUAACUGACAGUCUAGUUCUUACAUCACCUGAAACAUUUCAUCGUUCGCUUGUUCGUCUUGCUCUAGCCGUUCAUGCCAAAGAACCUGUUUUGCUCAUCGGACCAACUUCAUGUAAGACAUUACUUGUAGAAACAUGGACUCGACUUUCAAAUCGAUCGAAUGAACUCGUCAAAGUACAUUUGACACCAGAUACAGAAGCUAGUGAUCUAAUUGGUGAAAUUCAACCUUAUUCGUUUCUUGAUCUACUUAAACGAUUACCAAGUAUGGCUGAACGUGUUUAUAUUCGUUUUCGAAGUCUUUGUCGACAUCAUAGUACAACAGGUGAAGUAACAAUUAAUGAUGAAAUUUUUCUUAAAAAUCUACGUGAUAUCAUUACCAGUCGACUUCCUGAUGCCAUUCAAGAAUUUGAAAUAGCCUAUACACGUGAUGAAGAACAUCGAAUACAAAACAAUGAUCUUCAUGAUAACUUUACAGUACUUCGUGCACAAGCUGAAGCUAUACUCUUGCCAGUAUCAUCUAUUGAAAUUCUUGCUGAGAAUGAGAAAGAUAUGGAAUCGACUAUAAGUCUACCAAUCUCUUCUUCUCAAAUGAGACCAACAAUAAACACAUCGUUUCCUAGUUUCUACGAAUUGGAUGAUUCCUAUGAUACUUCAUAUCAACCUGAUAUGGGACAAGUCUAUUCAGAUGGAUCCUUUGACAUGAUGGAUGAUGGAUUUGGAAAUUAUAACGAAAAUUUCAAUCAUCGAGAUGUAUCAACCAUAGGUACUAGCACUACAACAACAGAUUAUUUUGAUGAUGGUUUUGGGCAACCAGCACCUCCACUAAAAUCAAAUGUUCCAUCGCAAGAACACGUGUAUGAACUUGAUGAUGGCUUUGAUCAGUCAGUAUCUUCAUCGCGAUUGAAUGUUUCAUCAGAAGAAACUAUUUUCGAAUUAGAUGAUGGAUUCGAUGUACUUGUUCAUGUGGAAAAACCCGAAAUUCUAUCGGAAUCAGAGAAAGAAUCAAAGGAUCAACUACAACCGAUGAUACUUGAUGAUGGCUUUUCUAACAUGAUAAACGCAACAACAGCAACAAUGACUACUACUACCGAAUCAAUUCUAUCAUCUACUACACAUUCAAAUCCAGUCUAUGAAAUAGAAUUUCCCGAAAAAUUGAUGAUUGCUAUUGAGGAAAUUCAUGAUGAAUUCAAAAAAAUGCUUCAACAGACCAAUUAUGCUUCAUUUACAGCCAAAGAUGCAACAUUACGUGAUUAUCAAUCGAAAUUCAAUGAUGUGUGGGAACGUCUAACAUCACGUAAUUUCGAUCGUACGAAACCAAUAUUUCUCUUCAAUGAUGGACCAGUAACUAUGGCAGCUAAACGAGGUGGUAUUCUCUUUCUUGAAGAUCUCGAUCUACCAAGUCAAGCAGUAAUUGAACGAUUGAAUUCUAUGCUCGAGCCAAGUCCUACUUUUGCACUUACGGAAGAUAUAACAAGUCAUGCUGAAAAAGGUCAACUUGAUAUAACAUUAUCGAAUCAAUUUCAAAUUUUUGCUAGUGUUCAUCAAGAACAAGCUCAUCAAAUACUCAAAUUGAGUCCAGCUACACGUUCAAGAUUUACAGAAAUUUAUAUUCCAGCUUAUGUCGAAAGAGAUCUUCAAAUACUUGUUAAAUCAGAAUUAAACAAACAUAAAGUACACAUCAAUCAAAUUGAUUCACUUGUUGAAAUUAUGUUUUCUUUACGUCGAAAAUUACGUGAUGAUCCUGAAUGGAAACUUGAUAAUGAUAUUCAAUUAUUAUUUCGUUGGACUGAUUUCAUUACUAGUCAUCAUCCAUCAAUAUCUCUUGUUGAUCGUCUUUUUCUUGGUGCUCGUUUCUUCUAUUUUGAUCAAUUACCUUUGUCAAGACAUAUUUUUCUUUUCGAACAAUGGCGUAAAAGUUUAUCAACAGUGAAUAAUUAUCAUGAAUAUGACGAUAUCUUCAGAGCUCCAACAGAGUCACAUGGAGCGAUCACUUUAGAAUCGCUUAGAUCGGUUGAUGCAGAGGAAGAAGCAAUAUUUCCAUUUGAAGUAGGUCGUGGAUAUGUAGCAUUACGUUAUACUGGUGUUCGAUAUUCUUCUGAACAUAUUAAUGAACAAAAUCAAGUAACACAAUUGAAUGAUCUUCGUAAACGUUUCUAUUGUGUUCCAACACCGACAAUGAUCAAUCAAAUAGCACGAAUAUUUGCAGCUACUUCGUCAAAAACACCACUUCUACUCGAAGGUCCACCAGGUAUUGGAAAAACUCAAGUAGUUACACAAGUCUGUUCAUUACUCAACAAACAAUGUGAACGAAUUAAUUUAUCAGCAAAUACAUCACUUGAUCAAUUGAUUGGUUGUAUUAUUCCUCGAUUUAUCAAUGGAGUACGCAUUUUUCAAUGGCAAGAAGGUCGAGUUUUAUCAGCAAUCAAAGCUCAAAAAUGGAUUCUUUUCGAUGAACUCAAUUUAGCUGCACCUGAAGUACUCGAAGGUCUUACACCUUUGUUUUAUCGAGAUACAACACAAUUUACUGUACCAACAACAGGUGAAAUAGUUGAUAUAAAAAAUGUUCUUAUAUUUGCUACGAUGAAUCCAUCAAUGAUUGGUGGUGGUCGAAGUAAAUUGCCUCGUUCAAUCAGUAAUCUAUUUACUAUUGUUCAACUUGAUGAUUAUUCACAAAAAGAAUUACGUAUUAUUCUCAAUCAUUUAUUUGUUCAUGAUCUAGAUGAAAAAAAUAUUAAUAUGGAUCAACUCGAUGCUUUAUUUCAAACACAUACAUCACUUAAAGUACUUGUACGACAAGGUACACUUGGACGAACAGGUGGACCAUAUGAACUUAAUUUACGUGAUUUAUCCAAAUUUCGAGAUAUAUUUCGUGGUUCAAUCGAUAGUCAACUAUUUCAUUAUCAAUAUAUGAAUACGAAUGAUGAUGAAAAUCAAGAAAAUAAGACAACAGAAGAAUUAAAUCCAUCUAUGGACACAUCUGAUGCUCGAUUUUUAUCAAUUCGUAAAUUUGCUCAAGUUGCUUAUGCAUGUCAAUUUCGAGAUCAAAAUGAUUUUAUUCAAGCUUGUGAAUUAAUUAAUUCAAAAUUUCCGAUCAAUACAGCUUUGAGUAAACGAGAAAAUGAUUGUUCAAUUGAUACAAGUGUAGCAACUGUUGUACGUAUUGGUUCAAUAUAUGUUGGAACUGGAAGAGAAGAACCAUCACCAAUUGAUACUGGACUUAUUCAUACAAAGAAAACUGUUCGUCAAUUAGAAUUACUUGCAGCUGCAUGUCAAUCGAAACGAGCUAUACUUCUUGAAGGUGAUAUUUGUUCUCGAAAAUCAUCGCUUGUUAUGGAACUUGCACGUUUGACACGUCAUCGUCUUAUUAUUAUUCCAUUACAUGAGAAUUUCGAAACAACAGAUCUUAUCGGUUCUUGGCGACCAAGUAGUGAUCAUGAACAUAAUGAUCCAUUAUUCAAUAAAAUUGAUAUAUUAUUUAAACAAAUUAUUAAAAUGCUUUUUCUUAUUAUUAUGCCACUCUUAUCGAAAGCAAGUAAUGAAUAUGUAUUCAAUCAAUUCAAAAUAAUUCUUCAAAAACGAACACCUAUGAUAGGUACAAGUCGAUAUGAAAUAAUUCCAUAUGAAAUUGAAGCUCUUGAUGAAACAAUAAAAUUAUUAACAACAUUAACAAAAAUUUCUCAAAUGUCCAAUGAAAUAAAAGUACUUAUUUCAUGUUAUGUACGUCAAGCUGAUUAUUAUGUUAGUAAAUUGCAACAUACUCGUUUAAAUAUAAAACAAGAAAUUGGUUUUAUAUUUGUUGAAUCUGAAUUUGUUCAAGCUAUUCGUGAAGGUUGGUGGGUUCUUCUUGAUAAUAUUAAUAGUGCACCAGCUGAAGUACUUGAACGAUUAAAUUCUUUAACAGAAGAUAAUCCAAUAUUAUCAUUAUAUGAAAAUUCAAAUGGACAAAUUUUAACACAAUCAAAUGGAAUUCAUUCAAAUUUUCGUCUUUUUACAACAGCUAAUCUCAAUAGAAUCUAUUCGAAUAAAUUAUCAUCAGCAUUUCUUAAUCGAGUUAUUCGUAUUUGUUUACCACCAAUUGAUCAAUGGAAUAUGACAAAUGAAAAUGAUCCAACAAAAAGUGAUUUAUUUGAAUUAAUUUCAAUACAAUUAUCAACAAUACCAGCUGGAAAACAAUUGACACAUUUAUUAAUAUUAAUGCAUCUUAAUGUUAAACAAUAUGUUAAAGAUGGUCAUUUAACUUAUCCAAGUGAUUUUCUUGUUACGUAUCGUCUUCUUGAACAAUGUAUACGUACUUUACGAUAUUUAGUCGAACAAAAUAUUAAUCCAGUUGAUGCUUGUUAUUGGUCUUUAUUAAGAUCUUAUUGUUCAUCAUUACAAAAUUCAUCCGAAUAUCAAUUUUAUCUUAAUCGACUUCAAGAAACAAUAAAAGAUCUUCAACUUUGUUCAAAUUCAACAAUUUAUUCAACAGCAACAGAUCAAUUCGAUCAAAAACAACCAAUUUGGCUUCAACAAACACAAACAAUUCGUUCACAUUUUAUUCAAUUUGAACGAUUUCUUAUUGAAUUAAUUUUAACUAUAAUUCAAUUACUUGCCAAAGAUAGUCAAUUAAAUAAAUUAACUCGUGAUCUUUUAACAUUAUUUAUUGAUGAUAUUCUUCUACCAAUGACACCUACAGAUGCUUAUCUAAUUCAAUUAAAACAAACAUUAAUCAAUGAAAAUGAUAAUCAAUUUGAUUUAUUAAAAACUUUACUUGAAUUAAUUGAAAAUAAACAAAUAACACUUCGUACAGAUUUACAAAAUUCAAUGAGUAUUUCAAAUUUUAUUCAACAAUUUCGAAUAAAUGAAUCUUCAUCAUUUGAAUCAUUGUGUCAUCAAUUAAGUGAAUUAUUAGAUCAUUUUCUAAGUCAAACAUCAUUUAGUGAUACUCGUGAACGUUUAUCCUUUAUUCAACGAAUAAUUUCAAUUAUUGAAAUAUUUGAUCAAUUUUUUAGUUCAUCAAUAUUUAAUUUAUUUGAUCGAAAAACUCAACUUACAGAUUUUUGUUCACAUAUAAAUCAAUAUCUUCGAUCAUUAUUAUCAUUUAAAGAUAAAUGUUCAAUCUUUGAAUUUUUUCAUGAUCCAUCAUUUCUUGAUGCUAAACAACAAUUUCGUAUGCAUAUGUUUCAUAAUUUUGAUAGUGGUCUUAUUUUUUCAUUUGAACAUACACAAACAUUACCAAUUCGAACAUCACGAAAAGAUAUUCGAAAACUUGUUGAAUUUAUUUUAAAAGAUCAAUCAAAUAUAAAUCUUGUUGAACCAAUAAAAUAUUUUUCAACACUCUUAGAAUGGAUUGGUCUUCGAUGGACAUUUGAUGAUUAUUUAUCAUCAACUAUUCGACAAGUUCUAAAGCAAAAUGUUUGUAUAACAUAUGAUUUUAUUAUUGAAUGUGAAAUAAAAUUUUCUUGUUGGGAAUUAUGUAAAACAUUAUCAACAAUGAUUGAACAAGUUGUUCGAGAAUUACCUUCUGAAUCAAGUAUAAUUAAUAAUGAUUAUUUACGAUUGAAGAAAAGAUUAGAAACUAAAGAUAAUGAAGUUAAACAAUGUGAAGAAAGUCUUCAACAAAUAAUAAAUCGUAUUGCAAUUAUUUCAGAAGAAAAUUCAUCAACAAAUAGAUAUUCAGUGAUAAGAAUGACAACAGGUAUGAGACCGCCAAUUGAACGUACCACAUCUCUAUACCAAUCAGAAGAUAAUGAUUUGCAAGGUUGA